UCCUCCCUAAUUCCAAUGAGGUCAAUAUCUGUGUGUUUUUGUGAAAAGAGCUGACAUCGAUACCUACCAGAAUAAAACAUAAAGUAUUCAAAUUUCUCAGUUGGAGGUUUCACAGGAUCGAACAUGUCUGAUACGGAUACCAAGCCUUCAAGUCACGAUUCGGGAGACAAGAAGGAUGGAGAAUAUAUCAAACUCAAAGUCAUCGGGCAGGACAACAGUGAAAUCCAUUUCAAAGUGAAGAUGACGACACAUUUAAAGAAAUUAAAAGAAUCCUAUUGUCAGAGACAGGGUGUUCCAAUGAAUUCUCUAAGGUUUCUCUUUGAAGGACAGAGAAUUGCAGACAACCAAACUCCAAAAGAGCUUGGGAUGGAAGAUGAGGACGUCAUUGAAGUUUAUCAGGAACAAACAGGAGGACACUUGGACAAUUAGACUUUCAAUAUAGAUUUUUUUUUUUUUUGCUCUUUUUUUUUUUUUUUUUUUUUUUUUUGGUUGUUAGUAAUAGGCUGCAAUACCAUGAAACACAGAUGAUACUCGUCAGGGCUCCCAUUAGCUUUUAAAGAGAGGGGUAGUUAUCCCCCCAGCCCCCCUGUACCCUUCCUCUCCAUGCUCCUCAACACGCAUCUCUGAAAUUCCUGGAGCAACCCAGUAUUAUAAACGGGGAGGAGGAGUGCAGCUUUACAACACAACUUUUUUUUUUCUUGCUUGUGCAAGUUUCAGAAUUAAAAAAAUAAAUAAAAUAACCGGAUAUAUUGAACUGGUUAAUGGAACCAAUGCUCUAAUCUGUCCAGUUAGCAGAUAUGUUUUUUGAAACUGCAGCCUUUUCAGACAACGGUUACACAAUUCUUGGAAUUGUCAUACCACUCUUUCAGCAGGAGUUCUUCCUUAGCCUGUCAUCUGUAAAGGGUUCUACAGGAUAGCAGUUAGUUGGAUGUAGGUCUGUGCGUCGACCUACCACUGUGUUCAGUCUUUGUAUGAACUACUGUUUCCCAGAUGCAUGGUUUGUUAUUGCUUAUUUGAAGCCUUACAAGCUCUGGUAAAGUUUUAGCACCAUUUGUUCAAAUAGCAGCCUCUAUGUGACUGGCUGCAGUGCUUCUGUCAUUGCUGAGCAUUUAGUCUUCUAUUGGAAAGCCAUGUGUAAUAAUCACAUGAAUUAAUUAACACUGUAUGUUGCUGAAAACAUGACUAUACCCAUACAGACUGUGAGACUAACAUUAUUUCCAGGCAUUUUUACCUUAUGGGAAUACUCCCCAAGAUAGAUCUCCAAUACAGAAUAAGCAAAGACAAGAUUUAGCACAGAAUUUAGCGUUAAGAUGCACAGCAAGUGAAAAGGGCUUCCAAAGGUUGUCGUUGAGCUUGAUUGAUUAUCCCCGGUAGAGUUCAGCAAAGAAUUACUUUAUAUGCAGUUUUAAACUGAGAACGUUGGGUUGAAAACAAAUUCAUAAUAUUUGUUUAAUUGAGUGACGAAUCUGAUUAGGAGACUAAAAUGUGGGGUUGCUAAAUUGUCACAAGGGUUGGUAAAAUGGCAACCAGAAGAGAAAUUUGAAUUGUUUGUUGUUGCUUUGCCUUUUGGAUCCUGUGGUGCAGUGGGGUCCAAGUACCCCAAACAGUCUGAACAAUUAACAGAUUAAAAAAAUAUAUAAUGUAGAUCUGUGCUGGCCAUUUUACAGUGAUGGUCCAGUCUAGUCUAAUGCACUGCGGUUUUCCUGGUUGCAUGCAGGAAUUUUAAGAAUAGACUGGGUUGAAAGUCUGAAACAAAUCCCAGCAUCCCCCCAUCGUCCCAAUUCGUUUUUUGUUAAAAAUGGUUUUAAUGAAUGUUUUGGAAAAAACAGCCUGGCUCUUUUGUACCAUAAAUAAAACAAGACCAAAGUUUUAUUCAAAAGAGUAGAGGUUAGUAUAUAGCGUAAUGUAGUGCUUUUCUGUCUGCAACAGUCUCCACCUGUAUAACUUUAGUUUUUUUUUAAAGCAAAGAUGUAUUGUAGUCCUACAAGACAGCACAUGCUUUUAGGUGACUUUUUAGAAAAUAUUUACAGCAGUACACUGUUGCAGAAAAUUUGCUGUUUGGCCAGACUGGGCACUUCGGAUGGCAAAUGUAUCCCAAAUUGUCUCCAUUUCCCACAUUUUAGUCUAUGCCCAUAAUACAGUAGCACUAUUGAGCUGUUGUGUCUGAUUUCCAACUGGUGAAGCCUAAAUGUAAGUGGGUUAAGAGAGGACUAAUGAGGUGCAGGAGGGUGAAGUGACGGCAGUGACCCUCAGAGGACCCCACAGUAAGAUAGACUCUCCUGGCCUCUUGCCCUCUCGUAAACUGUAGGCCACAUUGCUUGUUGCCGAAGUUUCUAUUGCCUGUUUGUCCGACACUGUUUAUUGUCUGUACAGAAGAAUGUGAAUCUGUGAUGCAUUACUAUACUUCAUGUAAGACUUCCAUCCCAGGAUACAGAUUAGGUGCAGUAGAUAUCUAAUCUGAGAGCCAUUUAUCUGCUGUACAGGACAGGGCAGUUGCGAGGGAGUUUUAAACACAGAAUGAGUUUGUUUUCGCUUCAAUUAUGGAAUGGGUGUCACAUUUGUUUGCUAUUGCUUUUAAAAGUACUGUGUGUGUGUGUGUUUUAUAUAUAUAUAUAUAUAUAUAUAUAUAUAUAUAUAUAUAUAUAUAUAUAUAUAUAUAUAUAUAUAUACAUAUAUGUAUGUAUAGAAUACACUUCCCAAACAGGCACUGUUGGUGAGAGUUUGAUAUUAUUUUUAACUUUUAAUAGAUUUCCAAAAUAACGCAGUAUGAGUUUAUUCAUUUGUUAAUCCAUUCCAAAGCAAAGGUGUCUGGGACAUAUAAGGCUAUCCCAGUCCUGGUGUGUUUGUAUAUUGGAAGUGGGCAGUAAAUGCCGAUCACAUGCCUGCUUGGAUCCGGUAACUUGAUAAAUUAAAUGUGCAAUCCCCUUCCUCUUUGGAAAUUGGUAUAUCAAAUUAUUCCACAUGUCAUGUAAAAUCUAAAAAGACACCCUCCCUGAUGACAACUGGAUGAAUGGGCGUCCUGUUUGAACUUCAAAUUCAAGUUGUGUUGAUAGUCGAAUUAAUCUGGAAGUCGGUAACCAUUGUGCAAAAGGCACAAGUAGCACAUUACACUAACUCUAGGCCACUAGAUCGGGUCUGGUUGGUUCGGAUUACAUUUUUUUUAUUAAAUUGUUUUCCAAGAUAGCUCCACUUUUUUUGUGGAGCUGUCUUGGAUGUGUGUGUCUCAUGCUACUGUGUGCUUUAUGUAUGUACAGAAAAAGGCAUGGGUUCUGUUUCCAUGGGUUCUCGGACUCCAUGUCGGAGAAGCCCCAUACCAGGAGUGGCUAAUAAGAUAAUCAGACUUGCUAUGGUGCAUAACAGCAUAAUACCUGAAGGCUCGAGAUAGAAACAUCGUUGCUAUGGUAAAAAAAAAAAGUGUGAAAUGGACAAAUGCUAACAGCCCCUUUUUAAAGCUACAGUGGAAUUUAAACUAAAAUGAUUUUGUAAUCUGUAUGUAUCAACUGUACAAAAAUAUUGGUAUAACACUUGAAUGGCACAGGAACAGUGGGUUUUAAAAUAUUUUCCUAGCUAUCCAGUAGUCCAAGACACCCGGGUAAUGCACUAUUUCUUUAAAAAAAAAAAAAAAAAAAAAAAAAACUGUUUCUCUGUGUGUGAGGCGUUUUUUUUUUUUUUUUUUUUUUUUCAUUUAGCCUGACGCAUGAUCAUUUACAGUAUGUCAAGGUUUUUAAAUAGCUGAAUGUUUCCUUUUUUGUAAAUUUCUUGUUCACUUGCUUUAAGAUGUAUGUAUAGGUAAUGUUGAGCAUCCGACUUAUGUGUUUGUGUUCUAGCUAAAUGGAAUUGACAAACAUUUAUUUUAGGUUCAUGAAUGGGAGCUCCUGUUGUACAUUUGUUGUUGCAGAUCUUAAAUUUCAAACGUGAGGAAUUGUUUCAGCCUGUAAUUUUCUUUUUUUUUUUUAAAUAAAACCAUUGACAAAA